AUGUCAGACAUCCAACUCGCCCCUGCUCCUUGGAAGCUGAAAGGGAGGAGCUGGGUCUUCCCUGUUUCCGGUCUAAAGGAUAACACAAGUUUUCCUGCGGGAUGGGCCACGGAGUAUCAAGCCGAAGCCCUUUCCUCCGGCGGCGAGUUCAUUGGAGGGUUGGGGACUGUCCAAGUUGUGUCGUACUCUGAGUCCCCCGUGGGUCCAUAUGACGAGCUCAUCUACGUCCCUGGACGAUGGAAGUACGCGAACGGAACGAAAGCUUUCCGAGUCACGCAAAUUUACGUCUCCUCGAAGGAAUCUACCCUGAAUGGUCGAAGGAAUUGGAAUAUCCCAAAACAUGUGGCCAAAUUCUCAAUCACCACUGAUGCUUCGCAGACCACAAACAUCGCAGUUACCCACCCAAAUGCAUCCGCGCCAUUCUUCAAGGCAUCGGUUAGGCGCAUACCAGUCUUAUCGUCUCUCAGUGCACCGGCUAGCACAACUCUGCUCGGGUCGUAUUUCUCCUUGAUGCAACCACCAUUGCCCGCCGGUCCCAACCCCGAAGACGUUGCAACAGACAAAUGGGCCUCUCUUACGCCCACCUUGCGCGGGUCGACCUCGAUCCAUCGAGUUGUGCCAGAGCUCGAAUCCGGGACUAAUGCAGGGAAAGUCGUUGGGGAUGGUCAGGGUUUUCCUGCUAUUGUUCCGUGGUCAACCGCGUUCAUGAUGGACCAUCUCGUGGUGGAUUUCGGUGUUCCAACAUUCCACGGUAGCAUCUGA